CACUAAUGGCGUAAAUUCCUGAUGCAAGUCGAUGAGACGAGCCUCACACAGCCGCUUCAGCAUGUUCAACUGACGAAAUGUGAGCGUUUUAUAUAACAGUGAGAAAUGGAAGGAAAUCCAGACUCACGUGGCCAUCAGAUGACCGGACGCCUCACAGAGGAAGCAGCUGAUUUACUGAGGAGAACUGAACAAGGGAGACAACCUACUUCCACAUCUGCAAUACAGCACAACUACAUUGCAGGUGGUCCAGUGUCUCAUGUGGACUUGACCAAUGCUACCAAUGUCUCUGUCUCCGUCGGGGAACAAGGAUCUAGAGGAUGUCUGUCACAAGAACGUUACUGUCAGAAGGUGGAACUGCUCAAGGAGUAUUUUGUGGACAUCCAUGCCCUCCAGACAGCCCAACAGCUCCUUGAGAAGCAUGGCCAUGUCAGCAUCUGUGGAGCUCCUGGAGAUGGGAAGACCAGCAUUGCUCUGAAGAUCUGUGAGGCAUAUCAACAAAAGAGAUUUGAAACAGUGUUUGUGGAAAACAUUGAACGUUUUGACGUUGAUACAAUUUCUAAACGGCAAUCCCACAUGCUGGUUGUUUUUGAUGAUAUAUUUGGUUCUGUCACAUUCAGUUCAAAUUUGGAAAAACUACAUGAAUUGUUCAGUGCCUUGGUUGAUGAUCUUGCUAAAACUGCCGCUGAUAAAGAGCGGGAUUCCAAGAAGAAGGAAGAUAAACAAUCAAAAGGUAAGGAAAAGUCCAAUGAAGAAACCCCCAUCUACAGACUGAAGCUUGUUUUUACAUCUAGGACAUACAUCUGGAAGGAGGGAUGUUCAAGACUACAUCAGUACAAAGUGGAUCUACUUAAAACAGAGGCUAUGCUUGAUUUGACUAAAGACCAUCUCACGGUUGAAGAAAAGAAACGUAUGUUACGUUCUUACAAGAGCAAACAUCCUAAAUGUGAUAUUUCUGAAAAGGAUAUUUGUAGCAUCACAGAUUCCAAACACAACAUAUUUGGAUUCCCUCUUAUCAGCAGACUCUUUUUUACUCAUGCAGUAUUCCAGAUGCACAACAUAAAAUUCUUCAAUAAUCCACUCACCUACCUGAGAGGUGACCUUGACGCUAUUGUCCGGGAAGAAAGCAAUAGAUCGGCAGCCAUCCUCCUCCUCAUCCUGUGUGAUGGAAACCUGAACCUUGUUUCUUUGCAGUCAAAGAAAGCUGGAAAUGUCAGGUUUGAUGCUGUGAAAGACGUAGUUCCUUGUUGUACAAGCACCGGCGUUGCCAAGGAGAUCAACAACUUUACUGGGGUCUACUGUACAGUCGAGGAUCACAUCGCAUCCUUCUCUCACCCCUCCAUAUACGAUGCUGCAGCCUGUGCUGUAGGACAUCUCAAUAUCGUGUUGCUGCUAAAACACUGCUCCCUGAAAUUCCUGUAUGAAAGAGUGAGGCUGGGUAAAGGUAUACAGUCAUCAGACACUGGAGAUGUCACAAACAUGAUAUACAUCACCCCCCAACUACACCAAACAGUAGUGGACAGACUGGUGGAAGGUAUUCGACAGGGCUGCUUCAUUUGGACAGUGAAACAUCCAGUUCUCCGCGAUGAGAGGAUUGCCGCCCUACUAUGGACAGAGAUUAAAAAUAACAUUGUUGAAAUUGUUAAACAAAAGGAUAGUGACUCUGGUGAAUGCUUUUUGUAUUUAGCUUCCAUAUCUGAGAGUUACUUUCUAUUCUCAAAGUCAUUAGAAGUUGUUGUAAGACAGGGUGACACAUCAACUGAUCUAUAUGACUGUGUGGUAGCCUGUGUAGUUCAUGGCAAACUGAAACACCUGGAACACCUCGUUACAGUCAUGAGUCUACGUGGAGGAUUCAAUGUUGAAUUUUCCAUAGACGGGAAAACCCUUCUGAUCAUGGCUGCCAAGUCAGGACAGUCAGAGGUGUUCAACUUCCUCAUCCAGAAGGGUGCUGAUAUUUCAGUGACGGACUGGACAGGAAGCACCUGUUUACAUUAUGCCUGUGAAUCAGGAAGUAUGGCAUUGACUAGAAAGGUGGUUGAAAUGCAUCCUGUUUUACUAAAUUCCUUAAGUUCUGAGGGUACAACACCUGCAAUGUUUUGUGCCAAAGCAGGUCACCUUUUCAUCCUGAAGUUCCUGAAACAAAAAGGAGCCGAUUUAACUCCUACCGACUACAACUUGUCAGAUUGUUUGCACUUGGCGAGUAAAAAUGGCAAUCUGUCAACUGUGAGGUUUUUGAUUUCACUGAAAAUGUUUAAUGUGAACAAGAAGGUAACAUAUUUAAUGCAAACAUCAGCUAUGAAGGCAGCAGAAGGAGGCCACUAUGAUGUUUAUCAUCUCCUUGUAUCCAAGGGUGCAGAUCUGACCCUUACUGAUGGAAACAACAGAGACUGUCUGAUGUUGGCAUGUGUGGGAGGAAACAUAUCUAUAGUGAAACAUGUCUUGUCAAUGAAAACAUGCGACAUCAACAGGCGUGGAGGAUAUCGUAAACAAACACCAGUUAUGAUGGCAUUGAAAGGAAGACACUAUGAUGUUUAUCAUCUCCUUGUGUCUGAGGGUGCAGAUCUGACCCUUACUGAUAAAGACAACAGAGACUGUCUGAUGUUGGCAUGUGAGGGAGGUAACCUAUCUAUAGUGAAACAUGUCUUGUCAAUGAAAACAUGCGACAUCAACAGGCAGGGAGGAAGAUUGAAACAAACACCAGUUAUGAUGGCAUUGAAAGGAAGACACUAUGAUGUUUAUCAUCUCCUUGUGUCUGAGGGUGCAGAUCUGACCCUUACUGAUGAUGACAACAGAGACUGUCUGAUGUUGGCAUGUGAGCGAGGAAACAUAUCUAUAGUGAAACAUGUCUUGUCAAUGAAAACAUGCGACAUCAACAGGCGUGGAGGAUAUCGUAAACAAACACCAGUUAUGAUGGCAUUGAAAGGAGGACACUAUGAUGUUUAUCAUCUCCUUGUGUCUGAGGGUGCAGAUCUGACCCUUACUGAUGAAGACAACACAGACUGUCUGAUGUUGGCAUGUGAGGGAGUUAACCUAUCUAUAGUGAAACAUGUCUUGUCAAUGAAAACAUGGGACAUCAACAGGCGGGGAGGAAGGUUGAAACAAACACCAGUUAUGAUGGCAUUGGAAGAAGGACACUAUGGUGUUUGUCAUCUCCUUGUGUCUGAGGGUGCAGAUCUGACCCUUACUGAUGAUGACAACAGAGACUGUCUGAUGUUGGCAUGUGAGGGAAGAAACAUAUCUAUAGUGAAACAUGUCUUGUCAAUGAAAACAUGCGACAUCAACAGGCGGGGAGGAAAGUUGAAACAAACAGCAGUUAUGAUGGCAUUGGAAGAAGGACACUAUGAUGUUUAUCAUCUCCUUGUGUCUGAGGGUGCAGAUCUGACCCUUACUGAUGUUCACAACACAGACUGUCUGAUGUUGGCAUGUGAGCGAGGAAACAUAUCUGUAGUGAAACAUGUCUUGUCAAUGAAAACAUGCAACAUCAACAGGCAGAGAGGAGAGUUCAACCAAACACCAGUUAUGAUGGCAUUGCAAAGAAGACACUAUGAUCUGUAUCAUCUCCUUGUGUCUGAGGGUGCAGAUCUGACCCUUACUGAUGAAUACAACAGAGACUGUCUGAUGUUGGCAUGUGAGGGAGGUAACCUAUCUAUAGUGAAACAUGUCUUGUCAAUGAAAACAUGCGACAUCAACAGGCAGGGAGGAUAUCAUAAAGAAACACCAGUUAUGAUGGCAUUGGAAGGAGGACACUAUGAUGUUUGUCAUUUCCUUGUGUCUGAGGAUGCAGAUCUGACCCUUACUGAUGUUCACAACAGAGACUGUCUGAUGUUGGCAUGUGAGGGAGGAAACAUAUCUAUAGUGAAACAUGUCUUGUCAAUGAAAACAUGCGACAUCAACAGGCAAAGAGGAUAUUGUAAAAAAACACCAGUUAUGAUGGCAUUGGAAAGAGGACACUAUGAUGUAUAUCAUCUCCUUGUGUCUGAGGGUGCAGAUCUGACCCUUACUGAUGAAGGUAACAAGGACUGUCUGAUGUUGGCAUGUGUGGGAGGUAACCUAUCUUUAGUGAAACAUGUCUUGUCAAUGAAAACAUGCGACAUCAACAGGCGGGUAGGAUAUCGUAAACAAACACCAGUUAUGAUGGCAUUGGAAAGAGGACAAUAUGAUGUUUAUCAUCUCCUUGUGUCUGAGGGUGCAGAUCUGACCCUUACUGAUCAAUACAACAGAGACUGUCUGAUGUUGGCAUGUGAGGGAGGUAACAUAUCUAUAGUGAAACAUGUCUUGUCAAUGAAAACAUUCGACAUCAACAGGCAGAGAGGAUAUUGUAAAAAAACACCAGUUAUGAUGGCAUUGGGAAGAGGACACUAUGAUGUAUAUCAUCUCCUUGUGUCUGAGGGUGCAGAUCUGACCCUUACUGAUAAAUACAACAGAGACUGUCUGAUGUUGGCAUGUGUGAGAGGAAACAUAUCUAUAGUGAAACAUGUCUUGUCAAUGAAAACAUGCGACAUCAACAGGCAGGGAGGAAGAUUGAAACAAACACCAGUUAUGAUGGCAUUGAAAGGAAGACACUAUGAUGUUUGUUAUCUCCUUGUGUCUGAGGGUGCAGAUCUGACACUGACUGAUGUAUUCAACAGAGACUGUCUGAUGUUGGCAUGUAAAGGAGGAAACAUAUCUACAGUGAAACAUGUCUUGUCAAUGAAAACAUUUAACAUCAACAGGCGGGGAGGAAAGUUGAAACAAACAUCAGUUAUGAUGGCAUUGAAAGGAGGACACUAUGAUGUUUAUCAUCUCCUUGUGUCUGAGGGUGCAGAUCUGACCCUUACUGAUGUUCACAACACAGACUGUCUGAUGUUGGCAUGUGAGCGAGGAAACCUAUCUAUAGUGAAACAUGUCUUGUCAAUGAAAACAUGCGACAUCAACAGGUGGGGAGGAAAGUUGAAACAAACACCAGUUAUGAUGGCAUUGAAAGGAGGACACUCUGAUGUUUAUCAUCUCCUUGUGUCUGAGGGUGCAGAUCUGACCCUUACUGAUGAAUACAACAGAGACUGUCUGAUGUUGGCAUGUGAGGGAGGAAACAUAUCUAUAGUGAAACAUGUCUUGUCAAUGAAAACAUUCGACAUCAACAGGCGGGGAGGAAGGUUGAAACAAACACCAGUUAUGAUGGCAUUUGGAAAAGGACACUCUGAUGUUUAUCAUCUCCUUGUGUCUGAGGGUGCAGAUCUGACCCUUACUGAUGAAGACAACAGGACUGUCUGAUGUUGGCAUGUGAGCGAGGAAACAUAUCUAUAGUGAAAAAUGUCUUGUCAAUGAAAACAUUCGACAUCAACAGGCGGAGAGGAUAUUGUAAAAAAACACCAGUUAUGAUGGCAUUGGAAAGAGGACACAAUGAUGUUUAUCAUCUCCUUGUGUCUGAGGGUGCAGAUCUGACCCUUACUGAUGAAUACAACAGAGACUGUCUGAUGUUGGCAUGUGAGGGAGGUAACAUAUCUAUAGUGAAAAAUGUCUU